CGCCUCUCUGAAGAUCCACCUCACGUCUUCUUCUCCUCCCACUUCUACCUCGAACUCCUCUCCUCCUCUCCUCCUCCUUCUCCUCAUUACCGAUUUCAAAAUGGUUGCCGCUUUUGACAAGUGCGAGACCCGGCCGGCCAACAUCGACGCCAUCCUCGAGGGCCUGGACCGAUAUAACCCCGAGACCACCACCAUCUUCCAAGACUAUGUCGCCCAGCAGUGCGAGGACCGGACGUUCGAUUGCUAUGCCAACCUGGCUCUCCUGAAGCUCUACCAAUUCAACCCCCACCUCCUCCAGGCCGAGACGGCGACCAACGUCCUCACCAAGGCUCUCACCGUCUUCCCCUCGCCCGCUUUCUCCCUCUGCCUUGCCCUGCUCCCCGCCUACACCCAGCCCUUCAACACCGACGGCCAAGCCGCCGCCCAGAACAACGACUUCGUCGAGUCCGUCCAGAAGCUCGCGCAGCUAUCCACCCUCCUGGAGUCCGCCCAGUAUGCCCAGUUCUGGUCCACCCUGAACUCGGACGACCUGUACGCCGAUCUGGUCGCCGACGUCGCCGGCUUCGAGGAGCUCGUGCGCAUCCGCAUCGCCUUCGAGAUCGGAAAGACCUUCCGCGAGAUCAGCAUCGAUAUCCUCGAGCAGUGGCUGGAUCUGCGCAGCCGCGACGCCCUGGAGAAGUUCGCUACCGAGGUCUGCAGCUGGCAGGUCGACAACGCCGCUGGCGUCGUCCGCGUGCCCACCAACAAGGAGAACGAGGUCCGCAGCGAGGUCAAGAGCGAGCGCGUCGGCAUCGACAUGUUCGGCCGUGUGAUCCGUAGAGGAUUCGAGCAGGCUGCUUGAGAUUUCUCUUUUUUCUUUUUCCUCUAUUCCUUUUUCAUAUCAAAUGAGGGGGAUUCUGCAUCCCCUCAUUGGGAGGGGGCUACCUGAGCCCG